CUGCGUGAUUGGGUCUAAACUAUACAGUGAGGCAUUUUGAUUGGACCGAACUAACAGCGAGUAAAACUUGAGAAAAUGGAGCGAGAAGAAGAGUCAGCGGGUUUUAGAAAGGACACUGUUGCUAAACUCCUUAAUCUGCACUUGGGAGAGGACAAAGUAAGAGUCAGUGGUGAUGCCCUCCUGCUUGUAGCAGAAAUGCUGAAAGUCUUUGUUCGAGAGGCAGCAGCCCGGGCAUCGCGUCAAGCACAGAUAGAGGAUGUUCAAGUUGUAGAUAUAGAACACGUUGAGAAAACACUACCUCAGUUGCUGUUGGAUUUCUAGGAAGCAGACUACAGAAGGUGCUAAAAUCUGACUUGGACAAACCGUCUGGACCAUUCAUACCUUCAACAACAAGAAUCUUUAUUCAUAACAAAUGUGGCAGCAUUCCAAGCAUUGUGGGAAUACUCUGCAUGCAUUCAAGUCUGUUUUUUUCUUUUCUCUGAGCUUUCUAUUAGGAAAGAUGUUCUGAGUAAUGGUCACACCCUCCACAACAAGCAGAAGGUGUCUGAUCCAGCAUAGUCAUUAGGAAGCUUUUAAGAUGUGUGGUGGUCCAGAGACUUUAAUAAAAUGUGUUACUUGUCUCAUAUUGAAAAUAUUUCAGACAAGAUCUAAUGCCUGUGUCCUGUUUGUCUUAGCUUUAUUGACACCACCCUUAAACUGCCAAUAAACUAUUUUACAGUGUC